AAUGGGCGGUGCCGCGGCGACCUGAAGUUCCCGGCUGCCCGUGCGGCGGCGGUGGUUGGGUGGUAAGAUGGCGGCUGUGAGUCUGCGGCUCGGCGACUUGGUGUGGUGAGUCCUGGCGACCAGCGCUGAACGAAAGACGGCGCGAAGCUGCUUUUCCUGGUCGCAGGGUUGCCAGCUGGCCCAGGAGUAGUUUUAUUAUGCACUCCGGACGGCGGAGAGUGGGGAAGAGGAGGUGCCGCCGCGGUGUGAACGACGCUUGAGCGGAAGAGGCUGUCCGGUCCCCGGGGGACCGAGGCCGAGAGGGGCCGCGGCGGUCCCUGCUCUGAACCCUGAGGCCAUCCCAGGGGAGGGUUACGGCUCUAGAACUCUGGCUCCAGCUGCCACUGCAGAGAACUCUGGCGUGGCGUGGAGUCCCAGGGUCUCUCCGGACCUCCUCUCAAAGCAGGAGAGGAUACCUUGCUAGAGACAGAGCCGUCCAUACCCGCGUUCGGUUGGGACAGACGUGGGCUCGAGGCUUGGUUCCAGGGGGAAACUGGGCCGGUAUCCUCCCUGGCCAGGAAAGAUUGUUAAUCCACCCAAGGACUUAAAGAAACCACGUGGAAAGAAAUGCUUCUUUGUGAAGUUUUUUGGAACAGAAGAUCAUGCCUGGAUCAAAGUGGAACAGCUAAAGCCUUACCAUGCUCACAAGGAGGAGAUGAUAAAGAUUAACAAGGGUAAACGGUUCCAGCAAGCUGUGGAUGCUGUUGAAGAGUUCCUCAGGAGAGCCAAAGGGAAAGACCAGACAUCAUCCCACACUUCUGCUGAUGACAAGAAUCGGCGUAAUUCCAGUGAGGAGAGAAGUAGGCCAAACUCAGGUGAUGAGAAACGCAAGCUUAGCCUGUCUGAAGGGAAGGUGAAGAAGAACAUGGGAGAAGGAAAGAAGAGGGUGACUUCAGGCUCUGCAGACAGAGGCUCCAAAUGCCUUAAAAGAGCCCAAGAGCAAAGUCCCCGGAAGCGGGGUCGGCCCCCAAAGGAUGAGAAGGACCUCACCAUCCCUGAGUCUAGCACUGUAAAGGGGAUGAUGGCUGGACCGAUGGCUGCAUUUAAAUGGCAGCCAACAGCGACCGAGCCAGUCAAAGAUGCAGAUCCUCAUUUUCAUCAUUUUCUGUUGAGCCAAACAGAGAAGCCAGCUGUCUGUUACCAGGCAAUCACAAAGAAGUUGAAAAUAUGUGAAGAGGAAACUGGUUCCACCUCCAUCCAGGCAGCAGACAGCACAGCUGUGAAUGGCAGCAUUACACCCACAGACAAAAAGAUAGGAUUUUUGGGCCUUGGCUUAAUGGGAAGUGGCAUCGUCUCCAACUUGCUAAAAAUGGGUCACACAGUGACUGUCUGGAACCGGACUGCAGAGAAAGAGGGGGCCCGCCUAGGAAGAACCCCCGCUGAAGUCGUUUCAACUUGUGACAUCACUUUUGCCUGUGUGUCGGAUCCAAAGGCAGCCAAGGACCUGGUGCUGGGCCCCAGCGGUGUGCUGCAAGGAAUCCGCCCCGGGAAGUGCUAUGUGGACAUGUCAACGGUGGAUGCGGAUACAGUCACCGAGCUGGCCCAGGUGAUUGUAUCCAGAGGGGGACGCUUUCUGGAAGCACCAGUCUCAGGGAAUCAGCAACUGUCCAAUGAUGGGAUGUUGGUGAUCUUAGCAGCCGGAGACAGGGGCUUGUAUGAGGACUGCAGCAGCUGCUUCCAGGCAAUGGGAAAGACCUCCUUCUUUUUAGGUGAAGUUGGCAAUGCAGCCAAGAUGAUGCUGAUUGUGAACAUGGUCCAAGGGAGCUUCAUGGCCACCAUUGCUGAGGGGCUCACGCUGGCCCAAGUGACAGGCCAAUCACAGCAGACACUCUUGGACAUCCUUAAUCAGGGACAAUUGGCCAGCAUCUUUCUGGACCAGAAGUGCCAAAAUAUCCUACAAGGAAACUUUAAACCUGACUUCUACCUGAAAUACAUUCAGAAGGAUCUCCGCCUGGCCAUUGCAUUGGGUGAUGCAGUCAACCACCCCACUCCCAUGGCAGCUGCAGCCAAUGAGGUAUACAAAAGAGCCAAGGCACUGGACCAGUCUGACAAUGAUAUGUCUGCCGUGUACCGAGCCUACAUACACUAAGCCUUGCCUGCCCAUCUACCCUCCCAUCUUCCCUCUGACCUCCCCUCCCAGUGUGGGGUCAGGGUUCUGGGACUAGCUCUGGACCAGUCACCUGUCUCCAUUUCCUUUUAUACAGACUUUGAAACUUGCAUCAGCACAGUACACAGCAGCACCCUGUCUCCCUGAGGCCCUGGCCAGGGAUAAGAGGAUCUAUCUCUCCUGGUGGCUGUGAAGAAGCUCUUGAGCUGGGCCUUGAUUGACCCUGGAGCAGGAGGUUGUGGAUUCUCUCUGUUCCUCUGUGUUCUCUGUCUCUGUCACACACACACCCAGGAUAGAAGCUACCCAGAAACUGCUGCCUGGCUGUUCUUGCAAGCUUAGCCCCCUUCUGGUCAAGAGACUGGAGGGACUAGAAUUGACAGGGAGCACUGGAAGCUUUCAACUUCCCCAGGACAGAGACUGGCCCCCACUGGGCCCCUGAAAGGAGAGGCCCCUCAGCCAUCAUGAACCAACAGAUUCCCUGAGGAGGCUCUGUGGAUCACCAGCUGAGGAGGAUUUUCCUGUAGACACUACCAUUACACCGCAGCUCCCAGAGUGUCUCUGUGAACUGAAGAGAGACCAGCAUAGCCACAUAGACCCCUCUUCAGGGGGAGCAGAGUCUACAGUCUUCUGUCCUGAGCCUGUUCCUCCCAGGAGGUUUCAUUUGGAUUUGCAUUCCAGCCCAAGGGAAGGGGCCGUAAGGGCCUUGGGAGCAGUGAAGUGUAUGGGCGGCUCCUUCCUGUUUCCAUUACGCCAGGCUCUUGAGCUGGGCUACCUGUUCAGCCUGCUCUACACAGGUCCCCUGCAUGUCCCUCUUCCCCUUUUCCUUCCAUGGAGAUAUUUCUGUCCCAUCCUCUUUUGACCCAGCCCCAGCCUGAUCAACACCAAUAAUAAGCAUUUCCUAGAUGAGCAUUUCCUAGGCUGGGCUUUUGAUGAGGAACCUUACUUCUGCCAGUGGUUCCAAGUUCUGGGUUUUUUGGGACUUGAAGCAUUUCUCCUUGAAGAGGGGACCAGAGAGGCUUAGAAUGUCACACGAGAGGAAUCACCCGAGGAAGCCUUCCUCCUCAUGAGUUUGGAUUUUCAAAGCCACGAUUUAACUUUUCCAUCUGGGAUAAGGAUCUCAGGACAUGGGCACGGGGCAGGGGAUGCUUGUGGAGUUCAGUGCAAUUGUCCAUUCACUGGGAUGCUGAACAGUUUCUGUCUGGACACAGCCUGUCUUGGUCCUGGGGGCUGGGGGUGGGGAAGAUGCUGUAAGAAAACCGGUUAGUCAAUGUUGUCUUAAUAUUGUUGACAAUUCUGUAAAGUUCCUUUUUAUGACUAUUUCUGUUUAAGCUAUUUCACCUUUCAUUUUGAAACCCUUUCCUUUUAUGGAGAAAAUGUGACACUGUGGAAAUGCUUGUAAGAAAGCCCCUACUCCCGCUUUUCCUUGAAAUGACAGAUCUAGGUGAUUACGGUUGUGAAUUUUUAUUUUCACUUUGUUUUUAAUGAACAUUUGUCUUUCAGAAUAGGAUUGUGUGAUAAUGUUUAAAUGGCAAAAAAACAAAACAUGAUUUUGUGCAAUUAACAAAGCUACUGCAAGAAAAAAAAAUAAAACAUUUCUUGGUAC